AAGUUAAAAAGUUUUAACAAAAUCAAGGUAUUGUGUUUCCUUUGCAGCCGGAACUUUUAGAGGAUAAAGGGCCUAGUUAUCAACGAACUAAUUCACAGUUAGGCUUACAAGUGCCUAUAAACACAGUUCCAACAUAGCACGCAAGUAAGAGCCAGUUUUGUCUAAAGAUCUCGUACUCCUGGAAACAUUCCUCCGAGGGACUCGUGUAGGAUAAACUCGAAAAUGCCUCAACAACAGCAUCCUAAGACAGCUUCAAAGAAAAGAAGUAACGAGGAAGCGUGGAAUGGAUGUCCAGAGAAAAAGGAAAAAUUGGAUUCUGAAACAGCAGGAGCUGAGACAACCCCAACCAAACAAGAUAAAGAAGACGGCAUCGGAAUGUCUGUGGAAUUGCGUACUGAUGAGAGAAGAGAAAGUUUUCCUUAUUGUGUACAAUCCCUGCUUCGUGAAGGCCUACCACUCAGGCCUGGACAACCUGUUGGCAACCUCUUGAAGGCUCAUGAACAUGGAAAAGGUCAAAAAACGAUAACUGUAAACUUCACAGGAACCAGUCCGCACGAUCAACUAACAUCGUUCCUUUUGGUGAAAGACGAAGAUACAGUUUCGCACGUCUUUAAGUACUGUUCAGGAAAAGACAAUUAUUACCUGGCUGUGAGGAAGGCCCGCCCUGAUGUGAUCUUUCGUAGACUUCAAAACUUUCCAAGAAACGAAAAAUAUUUCUUCCUUCUCAAAGAGGUCAACGAUAAAGGUAACUACUUCACAAUCCAGUCCGUAAAAAACAAGGAGUACCUAUACUGCGAAGAAAAUGGUAACGUCAGUAUGAAGGUGGCAGGCAAAAAAAUGAGUAAUGGAGUACCUGAAGAUCGGGCUAUGUGGUUCUCCUUUUUAGAUUAUCAGCAACAAGGGCAUUCAGACCUUAUUCACGAACAAAAAACGUAUACUGAGAUUUCGUUGAGUUUGAGUGUUUCGUGCAACGACCACGAAGAUACACGUGAAAAGCAGACCACGGUCCAUGAAAGUGGGCCUGCUGAUGACUCGGAAAAAGAAGCCCCGAAAGGUCCAGGAGAGCAGCACAUAACUGAGGAUAUUGACCAGGGUGAAAGGGAAGACUCACAGAGGCGAAAACAUGAAGGACCGGAGGAAGGAGACCAUGACCAGGGUAAAACAGAGGACCUUGCAGGAGGAAACUCUGAGGGUCUGAAGGAUGUGUGCGACGCAGAUCAACGGGAAGGAGACUCUGAGGGAACUGCUAAAAAUCAAUAGGAAGAACUCUGAUUAAGCAGAGAAGUGUAACUCUAUAGACACCGAGACACUUACUUCAGAGUAAAACCAAAGCUGGAAAAUGAAUUAGUACUAAAGGCAUGCCUGAUUUUAAAGCUAUUAGUUGAGGAGGUGAAGUACAUCGUAAAAGGGUUGAUAACAUUAUUCAGUUCAGAUACAAUAGGAUAAUUUUCCGUAAUUAUAAGUUAAAAUACUUCUCAGUUUAACUAGAAAUUAUUAAAAAUUAUAACGAACAGGA